AUGAUGAACAUUACCCCAGCUGGAAGCAUGCCAUGCACCAACCCUCAAGGUCACGUGCCAUACCUAGGUAACAUAAUGAACAAUACCCCAUCUGGAAGCAUGCCAUACACCAACCCGCCAGGUCACGUGCCAUACAUAGGUAACAUGAUGAACAUUACCACAUCUGGAAGCAUGCCAUACACCAACACUCCAGGUCACGUGCCAUACCUAGGUAACAUGAUGAACAUUACGCCAUCUGAAAGCAUGCUAUCCAUCAACCCUCCAGGUCACGUGCCAUACCUAGGUAACAUGAUGAACAUGACCCAAUCUGGAAGCAUACCAAACACCAACCCUCCAGGUCACGUGCCAUACCCAGGUAACAUGAUGAACAUGACCCAAUCUGGAAGCAUGCCAUACACCAACCCUCCAGGUCCCGUGCCAUACCUAGGUAACAUGAUGAACAUUACCCCAUCUGGAGGCAUGCCAUACACCAACCCUCCAGGUCACGUGCCAAACCUAGGUAACAUGAUGAACAUUACCCCAUCUGGAGGCAUGCCAUACACCAACCCUCCAGGUCACGUGCCAAACCUAGGUAACAUGAUGAACAUGACCCAAUCUGGAAGCAUGCCAAACACCAACCCUCCAGGUCACGUGCCAUACCCAGGUAACAUGAUGAACAUGACCCAAUCUGGAAGCAUUCCAAACCCCAACCCUCCAGGUCACGUGCCAUACCUAGGUAACAUGAUGAACAUGACCCAAUCUGGAAGCACUCCAAACACCAACCCUCCAGGUCACGUGCCAUACCUAGGUAACAUGAUGAACAUGACCCCAUCUGGAAGCAUGCCAAACACCAACCCUCCAGGUCACGUGCCAUACCCAGGUAACAUGAUGAACAUGACCCAAUCUGGAAGCACACCAAACACCAACCCUCCAGGUCACGUGCCAGACCUAGGUAACAUGAUGAACAUUACCCCAUCUGAAAGCAUACCAUCCAUCAACCCUCCAGGUCACGUGCCAUACCUAGGCAACAUGAUGAACAUUACCCCAUCUGGAAGCAUGCCAUACACCAACCCUCCAGGUCCCGUGCCAUACCUAGGUAACAUGAUGAACAUUACCCCAUCUGGAAGCAUGCCAUACAUAAACCCUCCAGGUCACGUGCCAUACCUAGGUAACAUGAUGAACAACUCGCCACCUGGUAACAUGUAUAACUGCCCCCACCAGGGAAUGCAAGGAACAACCAGCACCAGGGAAUGUGAAAGUUCCGAGAGGAAAUCGCAGCCUCUUGUGAGACAAACAUUAACUGUAAAACGUAUUCGUGAUAAACCUCCAGAGCGCCAACAUGUGGCAAAUAUUACAUGA